UAUAGUGUGAGCUUCCUCAUUGAUCUUUAUUGAUUAUGUGCAUAUGCGUUCCUUCAUAUCCAUAUGUAUGCACAUCUUGAGGGGGGAGCUUAUUCUAUAUUUUGUUUUUUAUAAGAUCUCUACCUUGAUUUGAAAUUAUCUUUCAUCUCAUCUCUCUAUAUUGUUUAUAUCGGGUUAUUAUCUAUCACAAAAGAGAGAAAAGAUUGAAAGAUCUUGGAUUAAACAAUUUGUGUAAUUGUUGCUUUGGUGAUAGAUGAUAAACCGAUAUUUAUGGGAUUAACCUCUCUUUUACAUAAGUUGUCAACUAGGUCAUUUCCCGAUAAUGAGAUGUGGUAGAUGGACCUUAAUCAUGACAAGGAUAAAAUGCAAUGGAGAUAAAGCAAUAUGUACCACUUCUUAUCUCCUACUUUUUGAUAGGUUCAUAUUUAUGAUUUCCAUGUUAUUGUUAUAUAAGUGUGAGACUAAUGUUUACUUGAGCCUUAUCUUAUUUAGUCUUCUUUACAUUGAGAACAUGGAGAUCAUGAAUGUAUGUGUUUUUGUUUGUCUUUAUCAUUGCUACGUGCCUUCUCCAUGUGUAUAGGAUAAACCCCCAUUGGUUCUUUAUUUAUGCAUACACUUGCCUCUCUUGUAUAUUUCUUUGUAUGCAUAUAUUUAGGGGGAGCAAAUCCUAUACAUUUAUUAUGCAUGUUCUAGAUCCAUGUUGUUCACCUAUUAUUUGUAUUAGAUCUUUACACUUGAGCUUGCAUACGAGUAUAUGAUGCUUGUGGUGUUAAUGAAUACUCAACAUAUAUAUCCAUAUCUUUCAUAUGCAAUCGGUUGGUCAUCAAGUGGAGGAUGACAACCGAUUUAUUGGGACUAAUGUUCUCCUUUGAGAUGUGCAAAGAAAUAGGUCUAAUUGUGAUGAGGCAAAUGGAUGAUACCAUUAGUUGAUGGUCACCAAACCAAAGACAUCGCCAUGUUGACAAGAAUGAAAGCUUGUGAUGAGAAGAAAGUCUUGAAAAAGGAUGGACAAGACCUCGGCAUAAACAUAGUUCAACCGGAUGGUCACAAGUGUUGAUCUUGGCUCAAGCAUUGACCUCAAGUUGGAUGGCGCAAGGCAAAGGUAUAAUGGAGCAUCAGGAAGAAGAAGAUGAAACAUGUUGAAAGUAAAAAUGAUUUUAUUGGGUCCUUGGAAAUAACUUUAUGUGAAUUGUGAUUGAAUCUGCUCUUUUUUUAUAUGAAACAUCAAUUCAGAUAUGUGAUCUUUGUGGGAGAUGUAAAUUUACAUGAUAUCUUUGGUGGUUUGAUGCUUGAUCCUCUCCAGAUUUGUUUUUCUCACUCUUUCUCCGUUGGAUCUUGUUCCUCCUUUUAUCAUCCCUCUUGUUCCUCGUCUUUUUGUCAUGAACUUUUUCUGUGUUACGUUCAUGGCAUUACGGUAGCUACGACAAUCCUACCAGUUAUGGCCUUCGUGGGCUACACCUUGGCCCAGGAACGAUCCUGCCAGUUGUGGCCUUCGUGGGCUACAUCUUGGCCCACGAAGAAACACGCACGAGGGGCAGGCACGAGGGAGAGCACGGGUUGUAAUAUUUCCUUUCAGUAAAAUACAUGGCCGGUCCUUAAACUUGCGCGCGGGUUUCACUUAGGUCCAUAAUCUUGCAAAUUGCACAGUCAAAGCCACCAACUUGUUUUAAUGAUUCAGGGCAGGUCCAAACCCCACUUGACCGGCUCUGACCGCCAACGUGGCACGCCACGCAAGCACCAAUUUUGCAAACAAGCCCGUCCGCAAACAGUAGCGCCGGAAUAAUUGCAGUUAACCCCUUGUAGCUACAGUAGAGGCGCGUACAGCACCCUAAAUUCCCAAAUCCAUCCCCUCUCUCCCAUUAUUCCCCAAUCCUCAGGUCUGGAGGGAGGGGAAGCGACGAGUGGCUCACUCCGGGGAUCAUCGGCGUUUGCUGCGAUUCGGGCGGCGCAUCCAUCUGCAGGAGUGGCGGCGGGCGAUAGGCUGCGUGGGCCGGCCCCCUCGUCGGCGUCGGCAUCGGCGUUGGUGCAGUGGUGACGAUGGACCUCAGCCUGAGGGGGGAAGCUGAGGCGGCGGCGGUGUAUCGUAAGUACCCCGCCCUUUCUUGUGAUUUAGCAUCCGUUUGGAUGGUUUGUGGUUGUGAAGUAUCGUUUUUUCUAUGCAAUGCGAGAUGAUGAUGUUGGAGCAGUUAGGAUUAAACCUAGGGUUUUAGUUUGUUGUUGAUGGGGUUGGUUUUUUUUGCCAUUGGUAGGCUCUAAUUCGAAGCAGUUCACAAUUGAGGUUCAUCAUGGGGGAUUUUUCUAUGGUAUGGGAGUGAAUCGCAGUUAUGUGGAUGGCAAAGUUAGCUGGUUCGAUUAUGUCGAUUCUCGAGAGUGGGGUAGUUCUCUGCAGUUGGCAGAUUUGGUUGCUAUGUUGGGUUAUGAUGCAGGGCCAAGGCUGAAAGUAUAUUGGUUGCUGCCUGGGAAGAACUUGGUUGAUGGUUUGAGAAUUGUGGACAGCGAAGUAGAGAUUAAUGUAAUGAAUUCAGUGUGCAAUAAAGUCAAGAACUUUGUUAUCUAUUUAGACCAUACUGACCAUGUUUCAGGCAGAAAUCAAGAAGAUAUCGUAGUGAGCCCAGUCUCUGAGUUGCCUAUAGUAAUGAGCCCUGUUAGAGGUUGUCAGCAGAAGGGAGAUGGGAACCAGGGGGGUAGUAAUGUAGGAGUACAAGCAUGUGGGGUUGUAGAUGAAGUAGCUGAUGAAAUUGAAGAUGAUGUUGAAUAUGACAGUGAUGGUAGUGAAGUUGAUGAUUCAGACUUUGUGGACAGUGACUAUGAGUUCCAAGAUGAUGAUGAUGAUUUAUUUGAGGAUAAUGUGGAUGGUGAUGUGGUGGACCAGGGCCCAGCUCCUAAGAAGUUCAAUCAGAAGAAGGUUGCAGGUGGCAAGCUGAAGGGAAAGAGAGUAAUUAGAGAGGAAGGUUCAGAUGAGGAGUCAAGUGAUGAAGAGUGCUUGGAACUGCCAGAGAAUCCAGAUGAGAUCAAUUUGAGGUUCAAGUCCUUUAACCCAGAAGAUAUGAAUAACCCUGUCUUUAAAGUUGGGAUGGUGUUCCCUUCUGUUGAGCUGCUUAGAAAAACAAUCACUGAGUACAGCUUGAAGAAUAGGGUAGACAUCAAGAUGCCAAGAAAUGAUAGAACAAGGAUCAAGGCUCAUUGUGCAGAAGGGUGCCCUUGGAACAUGUAUGCAUCUCUAGAUAGCAGAGUGCAUGGUUUUAUUGUGAAGACCUAUGUGCCUCAACACAAGUGCAGAAAAGAGUGGGUUCUUCAGAGGUGCACUGCCAAUUGGCUUGCAUUGAAAUACAUUGAGUCAUUUAGGGCUGAUUCUAGGAUGACACUACCUAGCUUUGCCAAGACUGUUCAGAAAGAGUGGAAUUUGACACCCUCAAGGAGCAAACUAGCUAGGGCUAGGAGGUUGGCACUGAAGGAGAUAUAUGGAGAUGAGGUUGCACAAUACAACAUGCUGUGGGACUAUGGGAAUGAACUGAGGAGAUCUAACCCAGGCAGCUCAUUCUAUCUGAAACUGGAUGAUGGCAAGUUUAGUUGUCUCUAUUUCUCUUUAGAUGCUUGCAAGAGGGGUUUUCUAAGUGGCUGCAGGCCUAUCAUUUGCUUGGAUGGGUGCCAUAUCAAGACAAAAUUUGGUGGGCAAUUGUUGACAGCAGUUGGCAUUGACCCUAAUGAUUGUAUAUUUCCAAUAGCAAUGGCUGUUGUGGAGGUAGAAUCAUUUAGCACAUGGUCCUGGUUCUUGCAAACUUUGAAGGAUGAUGUUGGCAUUGUCAAUACUUAUCCUUGGACCAUCAUGACUGACAAACAGAAGGGUUUGAUACCAGCUGUUCAGCAACUAUUCCCAGAUUCUGAGCACAGGUUCUGUGUCUAG